UUUAAUAGUGUACUCAAAAGUCCUAUAUAGUAGCUUUUACGCCCUGUAUCUCUCCCUACUCUCUCUCUCCUCUGUUCUCUGUCUCACUUUCUAUACCUCUCCUUCAUUUCUCUGCGACUAUCUCUCUCCCAAAAAUUUCAAAGAUCUGGAACUCGGAGAUGGUGCCUGAGACCGAAGUGAAGAACGAAGCAGAGUCUCCGACUUCCGUACUGGAGGACGAGGAAAUCUGUGAUGAGAAAGCUGGAGUCAAAUUGGAGGAGGAAAUACUCCUUGAUGCAAAAAAUGGAGAUUCUUCUCUUAUAUCAAAAGCCAUGGCUGAGGAAGAAGAGAAGUUGCUGGAAGCUCGGGUGAAGGAAGAAGAUGACAGAACAAAUGAGCCUGAGACACCACAAUUGAAUGACACCCAGUUCACCAAAUUGGAUGAGCUUCUAACACAAACCCAGCUUUAUUCAGAAUUUCUGCUGGAAAAGAUGGAUGAUAUCACAACUAAUGGAGCAGAUGAAUACAAUGAAACUGUUAAAGGAAAAAAGAAAGGUCGUGGUAUGAAAAGAAAAGCUGCUGCACAGUUCAACAAUAAAAAGGCCACGAGAGCUGUUGCAGCCAUGCUCACAAGAUUUAAAGAAGGAUCUGCCUCUGAAGAUAUGAACCUCACUGAGGAUGAGAGAGUUGCGAAAGAGCAAGCUGAACUGGUACCCCUAUUGACUGGUGGAAAGUUGAAGCCUUAUCAGCUUAAAGGUGUGAAGUGGUUGAUCUCUCUCUGGCAGAAUGGAUUGAAUGGCAUCCUUGCUGAUCAAAUGGGGCUUGGGAAGACAAUUCAAACAAUUGGCUUCCUUGCACAUUUAAAAGGGAAGGGGUUGGAUGGUCCCUAUUUGGUCAUUGCUCCACUGUCUACUCUCUCAAAUUGGGUUAAUGAGAUAUCAAGGUUUGCGCCAUCAGUGAAUUCAAUUAUCUACCAUGGUGAUAGGAAAGAAAGGGAUGAUUUAAGAAGGAAGCACAUGCCAAGAACAAUAAGUUCCAAAUUCCCCAUUGUGGUUACUUCUUAUGAGGUUGCACUAAAUGAUGCGAGAAAACACUUGAGGCAUUACAAUUGGAAAUACAUGGUGGUGGAUGAGGGGCACAGGUUGAAAAACUCCAAAUGCAAAUUGCUGAAGGAAUUGAAGUGGUUACCUGUUGAAAAUAAGCUUCUAUUAACUGGCACUCCUCUGCAGAAUAACUUGGCAGAACUUUGGUCAUUGUUGAACUUCAUUUUGCCUGAUAUAUUCUCAUCCCAUGAAGAAUUUGAGUCUUGGUUUGAUCUUUCGGGCAAGUGCACCAAUGAAGCGAUGAAGGAAGAAAUGGAAGAGAAGAGAAAGGCCCAAGUGGUUGCAAAACUUCAUUCCAUCUUGCGUCCCUUCCUCCUCCGCAGGAUGAAAUCAGACGUUGAGCAGAUGCUCCCUCGAAAAAAGGAGAUCAUCUUAUAUGCUAGCAUGACUGAGCAUCAAAGGAACUUCCAGGAUCAUCUUGUUAAUAAAACACUUGAAAAUUAUUUGCGAGACAAGGUGGACACUGGACGUGGCAUGAAAGGGAAGCUUAAUAAUCUAAUGGUUCAACUUCGGAAGAACUGCAACCAUCCUGAUCUCUUAGAGUCUGCCUUUGAUGGGUCUUAUUUCUAUCCACCAGUAGAACAGAUAGUUGAGCAGUGCGGCAAAUUUCUGUUGCUGGACAGAUUACUAGCAAAGCUAUUUGCUCUCAAGCACAAAGUUCUGAUCUUCUCUCAGUGGACUAAGAUUUUGGAUAUCAUGCAUUACUAUUUUAGUGAAAAGGGAUUUGAAGUUUGUAGAAUUGAUGGCAGUGUGAAAUUGGAUGAAAGAAAAAGACAGAUCCAGGAGUUCAAUGAUGAGGGGAGUAAUUACAGAGUAUUUAUUCUCAGCACUAGGGCUGGCGGGCUGGGUAUCAAUCUUACUGCAGCUGAUACCUGCAUUUUAUAUGACAGUGACUGGAAUCCUCAAAUGGACUUACAAGCAAUGGAUCGGUGUCACAGAAUAGGUCAGACAAAGCCUGUUCAUGUUUAUAGAUUGUCAACAGCUCAGUCUGUUGAGGGUCGAAUUUUGAAAAGAGCUUUCAGUAAGUUGAAGCUUGAGCAUGUGGUGAUUGGGAAAGGGCAAUUUCAGCAAGAAAGGAUCAUGCCUAGUGGGAUAGAUGGCAUGGAGGAAGAGGAGCUGCUGGCUUUGCUCCGUGAUGAAGAAGAUGCAGAAGACAAGAUGAUACAGACAGAUGUCAGUGAUGAAGAUUUGGAAAGGAUCUUAGACCGCAGUGAUCUGAUUGCUGGUCCAUUAGCUGAAGAUGGGAAGCCUGACUUUGCUGUCAGUUUGCUUCCUCUGAAAGGACCUGGCUGGGAGGUUGUGUUACCAACUGCAACUGGUGGCAUGCUCUCCACCCUUAACAGCUAAUCAUCAGUUUAAUAUUCAUGGGAUUUCUUUUGGAGUAAAGUUACAGGUUUGGAGGAUGCUCAAUGUUCAAGAACUAAAAAAAUGCUCAAUGGGAAGGCUUUCUUUAUUUUUGUAAAUGGAUGGAAUGAACCAGCAUUCUAUGGAAAGGGAGCUGUAUUUUUGUUGGAAGUGUAUUAAUGUAGAAAUCCUGUGUCUUGGAUAGGACUAGUUGAAAUUAAGUAGUACAAGAUGGGCAUAGACAUUGCUCUAUGAAGUUGCAACACCUUUUGUGAUUUGAAUCUGUUUGCAAUUUUAAGGGCACAGUGCAUUUGAUUAUUAUCUUGUCUGUGUUUGAACUAAUUAUGCUGAUUGCGCAAGCUUCUAGUAUUAGCAGGAUUUGUGUA